GAUAGAUUGCCCCCGAUACUCGCAUGCAGUGUGGGCCGUGGGCGGGGAUGGACGGUUCUAGUCAUGUAGUGUUCUCCGGACGGUCACGUCGGACACCAGGCAGCCGCCACCGAGCCGCCACCGCCUCGUCUGGAACAUCGAUACAGCUGUGCGGUGUGCGGGUCGUCGUAAGACGGUGAGGGAAUGGUGGGAUCAACCCCUCGGCAUCGAGUCAAAACGGGGACGACGGCCAUGUGAAGAGGCCACGCGGCGACACGGCUGGCACAAUGUCAUGUUUGAGCGGCGUGCUGAGCCUUGCUGCUCUACUCUCGUCUCUGAGGCAUGAGGUUCGAGCGGAGAUCCCCCCAGGCCGGGCGAGCUCCUCCAAGUGGAUACCUUCCUAUGCGGGGCCGUUUAUAAUGUACAUGGACCGAAUGUACGAGUGUCCAACGCCCAACAAGGAGAACAUGGUCAAGCUCCACAUCAGACCGUCGCACUUCAGGACCCAAGCCCUCAUCCAGACUACUCUGCAGACGAUCGACGGCAACUUUACCUGGAAGACUCUCGUCGAUGACACUUGGGCGGUAAGGGGUGUGAGGCGACAAUCGUGAAUAUUUUUAUUUGAGAGAUAGAUGGGGGGAGGGGGUCAUCCAGGAAGUACGUCCGUUUUUCUCAAAUUCAUUCGAUAAAUUACGGACGCUCGGAGCCUGU